UUGCACGCGGAGGCCAGAAGGUGCUCGGUGUGGGUGUGAAAAGGCUCGGGAGACAGCAGGCUUCUGUCCAUCGUGCCUGGUGCAGUGCUUUAUGCACCGCAGGCCUCAGUCACAGUGUUCUUUGGCAGAAGGGAAGGGCAGGGGUAGGAGAAAAGGGAAUCCUUGCGGGAAAGCUGGUGGGAGUGUGCACCAGGAGAGGCCGGGGGAAGGAUACCGGCUAGGUGGAAGAAUGCAGCGGGCGGCAGCGGAGGAGUCUUGAGGAUUCCGGGGGGGUGUUCAUUGUGCAGAUAUAUUAGGUAUAUUGUCGUGGAAAGACCUGAAGCCUUUCUAAAGAAAGGGAAAGAAGGGGUGUCCGUGAAUAGGAAGGAUGGUGUUUGAAGCAAGAGCGAGUGCUAAAUGCUAGAGAAUAUGAAGAGAAUGCAUGAUAGAAUAGACAGAUGUAGUCGAAUUUUAUAAACGUUGGCCCAAGGACUAAAGAGCUAUUCCAGAUGGGCCAGGAUGGCCUAGUUCCGAACCUGUUUGGGGCUCUUCUGUACAUGACAUCUGGAUAGAGAGAGGAAUCAGCAGCUUGGAAAUUCAGCCAAGUGAUCUGGCGGGAUGGGCAUUUGCCUGACAUACUUUAUAGAGGAAUUGGAUGGCAUAAGUGAAUAAGGUGGUAUUGAGGGGCACUGAAACCUAUGAAAGGUAGACACUCAACCAUGAUUUCUUUUUCAACUCAACAGCAUUCCUUUCCUUGAAGUCUUCAUUUUUACCUUAGUCUCAGGCAGUAAUACUUAAGCAUGAACAUUGACGACAAACUGGAAGGAUUAUUUCUUAAAUGUGGCGGCAUAGACGAAAUGCAGUCUUCCAGGGCAAUGGUUGUAAUGGGUGGAGUGUCUGGCCAGUCCACCGUGUCUGGGGAACUGCAGGAGUCGGUACUUCAAGAUCGGAGUAUGCCUCACCAGGAGAUCCUUGCUGCAGAUGAAGUGUUACAAGAAAGUGAAAUGAGACAACAGGAUAUGAUAUCACAUGAUGAACUCAUGGUCCAUGAGGAGACAGUGAAAAAUGAUGAAGAGCAGAUGGAAACACAUGAAAGACUUCCUCAAGGACUACAGUAUGCACUUAAUGUCCCUAUAAGUGUAAAGCAGGAAAUUACUUUUACUGAUGUGUCUGAGCAACUGAUGAGAGACAAAAAACAAAUCAGAGAGCCAGUAGACUUACAGAAAAAGAAGAAACGGAAGCAACGUUCUCCUGCAAAAAUCCUUACAAUAAAUGAGGAUGGAUCACUUGGUUUGAAAACCCCAAAAUCUCACGUUUGUGAGCACUGCAAUGCUGCCUUUAGAACGAACUAUCACUUACAGAGACAUGUCUUCAUUCAUACAGGCGAAAAACCAUUUCAGUGUAGUCAAUGUGACAUGCGUUUCAUACAGAAGUACCUUCUACAGAGACAUGAGAAGAUUCAUACUGGUGAAAAACCAUUUCGCUGUGAUGAAUGUGGCAUGAGAUUCAUACAAAAAUAUCAUAUGGAAAGGCAUAAGAGAACUCAUAGUGGAGAAAAACCUUACCAGUGUGAAUACUGUUUACAGUAUUUUUCCAGAACAGAUCGUGUAUUGAAACAUAAACGUAUGUGCCAUGAAAAUCAUGACAAAAAACUGAACAGAUGUGCCAUCAAAGGUGGCCUUCUGACAUCCGAGGAAGAUUCUGGCUUUUCUACGUCACCAAAAGAUAACUCACUGCCAAAAAAGAAAAGGCAGAAAACCGAGAAAAAAUCAUCUGGGAUGGACAAAGAGAGUGCUUUGGACAAAUCUGACCUGAAGAAAGACAAAAAUGAUUACUUGCCUCUUUAUUCUUCAAGUACUAAAGUAAAAGAUGAGUAUAUGGUAGCAGAGUAUGCUGUUGAAAUGCCACAUUCUUCGGUUGGGGGAUCGCAUUUGGAAGAUGCAUCAGGAGAAAUCCAUCCACCUAAGCUGGUUCUCAAAAAAAUUAACAGUAAGAGAAGUCUGAAACAGCCACUGGAGCAAAAUCAAACAAUUUCACCUUUAUCCACAUAUGAAGAGAGCAAAGUUUCAAAGUAUGCUUUUGAACUUGUGGACAAACAAACUUUACUGGACUCAGAAGGCAAUGCUGACAUCGAUCAGGUUGAUAAUUUGCAAGAGGGGCCCAGUAAACCUGUGCAUAGCAGUACUAAUUAUGAUGAUGCCAUGCAGUUUUUGAAGAAGAAGCGGUAUCUUCAAGCAGCAAGUAACAACAGUAGAGAGUAUGCGCUGAAUGUGGGUACCAUAGCCUCUCAGCCUUCUGUGACACAAGCAGCUGUGGCAAGUGUCAUUGAUGAAAGUACCACAGCGUCCAUAUUAGAUUCACAGGCAUUGAAUGUGGAGAUUAAGAGUAAUCAUGACAAAAAUGUUAUUCCAGAUGAGGUACUGCAGACUCUAUUGGAUCAUUAUUCCCAUAAAGCUAACGGACAGCAUGAAAUAUCAUUCAGUGUUGCGGACACAGAGGUGACUUCUAGCAUAUCAAUAAAUUCUUCAGAAGUUCCCGAGGUCACCCAGGCGGAGAAUGUUGGAUCAAGCUCCCAAGCUUCCUCAUCAGAUAAAGCCAACAUGUUGCAAGAAUACUCCAAGUUUCUGCAACAGGCUUUGGACAGAACUAGCCAAAAUGAUGCCUAUUUGAAUAGCCCGAGCCUUAACUUUGUGACUGAUAACCAGACCCUUCCAAAUCAGCCAGCAUUCUCUUCCAUAGACAAGCAAGUCUAUGCAGCCAUGCCCAUCAAUAGCUUUCGAUCAGGAAUGAAUUCUCCACUAAGAACAACUCCAGAUAAGUCCCACUUUGGACUAAUAGUUGGUGAUUCACAGCACUCAUUUCCCUUUUCAGGUGAUGAGACAAACCAUGCUUCUGCCACAUCAACACAGGACUUUUUGGAUCAAGUGACUUCUCAGAAGAAAGCUGAGGCUCAGCCUGUCCACCAAGCUUACCAAAUGAGCUCCUUUGAACAGCCCUUCCGUGCUCCUUAUCAUGGAUCCAGAGCUGGAAUAGCUACUCAGUUUAGCACUGCCAAUGGACAGGUGAACCUUCGGGGACCAGGGACAAGUGCUGAAUUUCCAGAAUUCCCCUUGGUGAAUGUAAAUGAUAAUAGAGCUGGGAUGACAUCCUCACCUGAUGCCACAACUGGCCAGACUUUUGGCUAAAAAAAAAUGUGUAAAUAAUACUGGCACUUUAAAACAGAUUAAUCAAGAGUAGGGUUACUCUGUGUAAAAUGGAGUGCUGUACAGAUUUAAGAGCAAUGCGAUAUAACAAGCUGAUAUGAAUAGCAAGAUAAUCCAAUAACUGCAUUUUGUUUGGUUAGCAUUCUUUGAACUGCCUUACAUGUUGUCACCUUUAUAGAAGCAAUGCAUUACUUGUUUUAGAUCAGAAACUUGCUAUUCCACCUACACGUUUAAAAGGAAAACAAAAAGACUUUCGCACAAUUGUUUCCUAACUGAUAACAUUGUACAUUCUUAGGAGAUUAGUAAUUGUGUGAAAUUUACUCAUACUGUUUAAGUUUUUCAGCAUAGUCAUCGCACUUCAGCAGGGAAUCUGAGUAUACUUUACAGACAGAGUGAACUUAAAAGUUUAAAUGUCAAGAGAUUAUGGCUUAAAUAAAUUAGUGUGUCCUAUAAGGGGAAAAGAAACCACCUUUUAAAAAGAAUGAUAUGCCAUAUACCCUUGAUUUUCAUUAUAUUGACAUGGUUUUUUUUUGUUUUGUUUUUUUUGUUUUGUUUUGUUUUGUUUUGAGAAAAAAGUAAUAAAAACCUGAUAGUCUAAGACUCCACUAUUUAAAAGCCUAAUUACUUUUAAAAUAUGCAUACUUUCAAAACUUUUACCAAAAUACGUAACUGUUGAAGCAUUCUCUUCUAUGGAAGUAUGCAUAUUGGUGUCAGUUUCUUUGUACAGUUGUACCUAGAUAUUUUUUAUGAUUUUUCAUGUGCAGGUAUCAAGAUUUUGAAGUUUUAGUAAGAAGAUAUUCUGUAGAUUACAUUCCCAAGAACAUAAUGCUUACACAAAAUGUAUAUUCCACGUUUUAAAGCUUAAUUGUAUUUUACUUUACAUAUACACUUCAGUUAACAUAGAGCACUUAGAAUCUAUUUGGUAUUUUUGAUUUCUCAAAGUACAAAGAAAAUUUAGAUUUUUAGGUUGAUAUGGUUGUGUCAUAAUCAUCUCAUAAUUGACAAUUUAAUUUUUGGCAAUAAAAAGAAAUUGGGUAUCUUUGGAACUGUAAAACCUGGUUUAAUCCUUUUCUUUUUAGAAUAUUGGUAGAUUGGAUAAUUAAGCAGUAUCCAGAGAAACUAAAGAAAUGGGCAUUUUAAUUGCUUAUUUUAUCUUGAGUUACUUUUAAUGAACACUGCUCAUUACAAUUUUAUAAACCAAAAGUGUUUACUAAUUCUAGUAACUACAAUUUCUUUUUCAGCUAGAUGAGUGAUCGGAAACUUUUUGUUGCAUUUCAAAUCUAAAUAAACUACAGAAUUUAUCCUUAUACCACGAAUGUUUUUUUUUUUUAAUACUUUGUCUUAAAAUAAUACAGCAUGGUACAAUAAAUAGUGCUUUUAUAUAUACAUAUAUAUAUAUCUAUACUUUUCUGAAGAAUGAUGGUUUGAGUUACACAUUGGACAGUUUUAAUUUUUGGAAAUAACAUUAGUUUUAUUGAUUUUAUUAUCCUAUUUAAUUUGUUCCAACUUUUUUGUUUUAUUUUAAAUUUCUGCCAUCUUUGUCACAAUGCACAUACUGAUAUAGCACCAGUGAUAUCUAAUACCCUUGGAAAAUGAAACUAUGUUGUUAAUUUCCACUUUAACUUUUAUAUGGGCCCUAUAGAUCUGUAAUCUUUCAGUAUAGAAUGUUAUACAUUUAAAUUAUUUUUUUUCUUUUAUUUAAUGUUAUCCCAAGACUGUUCUCAUAAAGAAGGGAACAAAGAUAUAUCCACUGUUAACAUCCUUUACACUUAUUUUGAACAUACUGGUGUUUUAAUGAUAAGGAAUAUAAAUUAUCUUUAAUGUGGUUUUCUCUACACUUUGGUUAUUAAGCUUUGCUUGAAAGAUUCAUUUUUCUAUUUGACAGCUUUCUUUGCUGCCAAAUUUUUCAAGAAUUUUAGACUUCUUUGAAGUAGAUGUUUAAUUUCUGCCAUUAUUGAUUCUUAAGAAUGGUGUGUGUUUUUGUUGCACAUCACAAUUGCAGGAAGGCUUCAUUCAGGUGAGGGGUUAACAAUGGAACUGUGCUCUCCUUAGGUAGGCGUUUGUAGUUUUCUCAUACUACUAUUUGAUGAUAUAGUAGGACUUGAUUUCCUGAAUUGGUUUUUUUUUUUGAGCCUGAUCAAAAAUUUUGCUCUAUUGAGAACUUGGUGUAGUUCUUGGUACAGUACAAAGUUUUUAUUUGUUUUAACAUCACCUGCACAGUUUUUAGAAUGUGACUCCACUGCUGAGCAAUUAGGGCAAGCUAAGGAAGGAAGGCCUUUGAAAGUGGUAGUUACACAAGCAGAAUUUCAGGUGUUGCAUUCCUGUCUUCAACACAUUUAUUUAAAUCUGUAUAAUGGCAGACAUUUCUACCACAUUAUAAGCAUUUUUUAGAUAAGUGAUACUUUGGCAUAACUUAUUGACCUACCCUUUAAGUAUAGUUAUUCUCUAACUGUGAAAUUCUAAAUGCCUACCAGAGUUACCUUGUAUUAUUGUCAUAUGACAAACAUCUCAACAUUUUGGGUUUCCCAAUUUGGUUUAGAAAGUUACUUAAUUUCUGUAUGGGCAUUAACAGAGAAAGCGAGCAAGUAGCCUUCUGUGCUGCUUUAGAUCAGAAUAUUGAGGAUAUGAGAUAUCCUUUUGGAAUUUGUGUUUUCUUACUAUCAGUGAGCAAAUUGUUCCAUUAAAACAUACUCUUAUACCCUUAAACUUUUGAUCAAUGUGAAUGAGGUGUGCUUUUUCACUUAGGACCUACUCUCACGUUUGAAGGUUGGAAACAAAUCACUUUAGAUGAGGUAACAACAUCUCUUGAGCAGCUUCUAAAAGCUUUUUUUUUUUUUUUAACUUAUUGCACACAUAUUUUGUUUGGUUUAGAAUAUUUGAGUGGCUCUUACAUUUUUUGGAUCUACUUGCAAAUCUUCUACUUGAUGCCAUAGAAACGCAUCCUUUUAGCUCUGGCUGACGACUGUCCAUGGCCAGAUAACUUUCUCUCUUUGAGAGGUAAAAGAGGCCUUGUGCUCAGGGUAGGCUUUCAUUUCGACAGGUGAGAGAAACUUGCAAAGUGCCAGCUAGGUUAGAUCUUUUGCCACUUCUUUCAUUUUAUUAAUUUGGGUUUUUAAAGGGCUGUUUAAAAAAAAAAAAAAGCCGGGAAACUUUAAAAGUAGGCAUUAUUGUAGUACUACAUUUCUUAGACUUAGAACAUUUUAAACUAGAACUCGUUCUUUUCACAGUAUAUUUACUUGAAGAAGCACUAUUAUAAUCAAUGAGAAACUUUAUGACUCUGCAAUUUAAUUUAAGCCUUUUCCGUUUCAAAUUACUUUAUUUCAGGGAAAUAAUUUUCCAGUUGUUUUUGCUAUAUUCUGCAAAUAAAAACCGUAUGUUUCCUUUAUUCACUUAAAUUUCAGUAGGAAACAAACUAAAGCAGACAAACAUUUCUUGUUGUGUUUGUUGCUUUCUUUAAUCCAAUGGAUAAAAAAGUAAAACCCUGUAAACAUUAUUUUAUUUUUUUAUGCAAUACCAUGCUGUAAAUAUGGUUCAUCAAAUAAGGAUGUACCUAUGAUUGAAUCUUUAAUUCUGCACAGUUAGAGUUUAUAUAUAAACGUGUCUUGACAAUCAAGGACUUUUAUGUGAGUCUUCCUUUAUGAUGUUUAUUAAUGUUAUGCAUUCCAUUUGUUUUGAAGUGAGUACCAAUGUGCUAAUUUGUAUUGUCUGAAAGUAUGUAAUGUUUUUACAGCUUGUUUUUAAGAAUCUGUAAAUAUGUACAAACAAAUCACAGUACUGCUUUAUGUUAGAAGGCAUAUGAUGUUGUACUGUAUGUAAGCAAUAAUACAUAGCAGUGCUAACUUUACAAGUAGCAUCAGGAAAGUUCUAAAAACAUUUCAGAGUUAUUAAUUAUCCUUAUUUCCUUUAAUAAUGAUUAUCUUUAAUCAGUUUUUAUAAGCAAAUUCCAUUGUUCCUCCUUUUGGAACGUAACACUGUUUACACAGCAUAAUUGAAGUUGCAGGGGAGACAGGCUAAAUCUGACUUCAUCUGUACUCAUUUUCACUAAGCAUUGAAUGGCCUUACCACUCUUCUGCAAGAUGGAGGAAGACCGCAAAACUUAGUGCCCAUCACACUGAAGGAAGGGGUUUUGGUUUGGUUUUUUUUUCCUGCUUCUGUACUGCUACCUAAUCUUGUUGUUUGCUUUUCAAUUUUAAUAUUUGUUUCUGUUUUAGAUUCAAGCCCGUAAGUUUUGAGGUGACUUCAGCUCUAUUGUGAAAUAGUUCUCUUCAUAUUUCAGAUCUACAUUUCAAUGGUCCUAAACUUUCUACUUUGAUUUUUAGAUUCUUAUUUUUCAAACUUGAUUUCUCAGCUGAUCAGCUGAAUUUAUUCAACUUCAGUACAAAGAAAGAUAAACCUAUUGUAGUUUGAAUUGAGUAGAUAUACUGUACAGAACAGCUAACUAUUUGAACACACACAUCACUGCUUUAGAAAUAAAACCGCCAAUUUUUAAAUGUAUAUGACCUACAUUUUAUAGGAUAAAUGUUUUUAAAUGCUAGUCAUUUAUAUAAAUGUGCUUUGAAGGAUUUGCUAGUUCACUUCUGUCACUUUUUAGUACACUGGUAUCUUUUAUAUGUAAUGUAUGCUUUUUAUUGUAGCAAAGCAUUUCAGUAGAAAGAAUUUUGCAACAAUAUGGGGGAAAUUUUUCAUGGUUGGAUUUGAAUUAUACUGGAUUUUAUCUGUGUGGUCUUGUCUUUAUUUUAACGCUGUCUGGAAGGGAACUUGGUAUCCAAAUAAAGCAGGUAACCUCAUUUUAGUUCAAGGGCAUACUGUGUAGUGCUGAAUUUAAUCUGGAAAUCUAAUGAUUUUGAAGAGAAGCAAGUUUAUAAAAAUUGUACAGGAGAUACUAAAUGUGUAAUGGAAAUCCUGAUGGUGGAGCACGUUGAAUUUUCUGAUCUAUAGUGUUAUUUUCUUGGGAUCUCCUAUGCCUUCUUUGUAUUUCAACUAAUAAAGGAAAAAACCCUGUCAAUGAAACUGGUAGGAUAAUAGGAUAUUCUGAUUAUACAGUAUUACUUUUCCUAUCCCAUUUUCUAACCCUUUCUCAAUCACUGUAAAUUUUUAUUUUCUAUUUCCUAUUGAUAAUUAAACAUGUACAGAAUAUAGACACUGUUGUAUAGAAUUGAAUGAAUUGAAUUGCCAUGCUUGAAUGGGUAACUAAGUGGAAAUAUUAUGGAUACUGAGAAUUCAUAAAAUGCCAGAACAAAUUUACAGGAAAAAGGGAGGUAUCAUGUGUCAUGGGAAGGUCACAGCAAAUGUUUGUUUAACCUUCUAUGAAAUAAAUUAGAAACAACUACAAACUUCGUAUCUGAUACAAAUGGGUCUUUCGUCCCCACCUCCCCCCAAAUAUAUGAGCACUAAAUUUUAAAAUCUACUCAGGUGAAAAUUGCUUUGCAAUGAGAUUUAUCACAUUGAAAUUUUCACUGUUAAAUACAAUAAAAAACAUAUUUGUAAUAUUUUUAAAUACAAACUUUCAUAUCAGUAAGCAGCCUGACAAUUGAAAUUCAGUAAGUCAAUAUAUUUUAGAAUAUAUUUUACCUUCCAAAUAGAAUUGUUUUUAAACAAUUGGGAGGAUUUCUUUUUGAUUAAAUGCAUUUUUUAAUUGUCAUUAUAAAAAUAAAGUCAUGCUUGACCCCAUAUUAUGCCAUGAAUGAAUUGCUGAGCCUUUAUAAUACAAUGAAAGCUUUUUUCAUGAAUAAUCGUGGAACAUGGAAAAGUUCUUUAAACUGACCUAUUAAGAGAUUUAAUGAGUUCGCAGCUUCUGGCAUUAUUGUCAUGUAGUUAACCUUGCCAUUUAGAGUUUAUACCAUUUUAUGUAUUGUGAUGCUAAAGGAAAUUGUUUUGUUUUAUUUUUCAUUGAAUUAUUAGACUAAUUUAUAUUUGCAAAUUCUGCAUUUUAAAUGUGGACACUGGCUGUUUGAAAAAUAAAAAAAAAAUACAGAAU